GUGAAGACUUUUCAAUUGAGAGUUUCUUCUUCUAUUAACAAAACAACAAUUUUCUCUAAAAGAAAAGUUCCAAAAAUGAGUUUUGAGUCCAAUCCUGACCACCUCAAUAAAUUCCUUCGAAUCCAUGAAGUUCACACGAAGAUUUUCAUUGAUAAGUACAAGCAUUGGCUAAAGUGGUGUCCAAAGGGUGAAGAUAGAAUUUUGGACAUUGGCUGUCGCAGUGGUCAGUUGACGAAUAAAUUCAUCGUGCCAAUUCUCCCGGAAAACUUUUCAAAGCUCCACUUGGUGGAUAAAUCACCAAAAAUGUUGGAAGCUGCGAAGAAACUCUUUGCAGACAAUCCGAAGGUUUCGUGUGAAAUUCUGGACUUUGCUGACUGUGAGAGUGGCAGCAGCUCAUUGGGGACAUUUGAUCAUAUUUUCUCCCUGUUCAGCCUUAUGUGGGUGGCAGAUCAGCAAAAGUGCUUUGAGAGAAUUUAUGACUUGCUAUCACCUGGUGGCGAUUGCUUUCUCAUAUUCGUCGCUGGGAGUUUGUACAUGGAAAUAAUUGCGGAGUUGACGGGAAAGGCCAGAUGGAGAAAAUUCAUCCCAAACCCCGAUGCUAUGUACCCAUUCCCCUAUCGAAAGGACCCCGAUCCCGUAGGGAGUGUCACAAAAAUGAUGGAAUCAAUUGGAUUUGUCAAUAUUAAUGUUAAACUCGAGGAAUCCCUCUUCGUUUUCAGCACCAUCGAUGAAUUUUUGGGCUUCUUCAAAUCCCUGCCGAAUCCUUUGGACAAAAUGUCACCCAAAGAGCAGGAGGAUUAUCUCAAACAGGCCGCUGAUCUUGCAGUUGCUCACAAUUUAAUUGGGGACAUUGGUGAGAGGAAGCAAAAUGACACGGUGUCGGAAAUUUUUGUAAUUUACGGAAGGAAAUAAAUUUUAUUUUAUUCCUUU